UGGCGACAAAGUGCAUCGUUUUAUUUAUGUGUAAACAUUUGUGCUGUGAGUCGAGUACAAAAUUGAUAAAUUGUUGUUAAAAUGGGUGAAAGAAAGGGACAAAAUAAAUAUUAUCCGCCCGACUAUGACCCCAAGAAGGGCGGACUUAACAAAUUCCGCGGCACCCAUGCGCUGCGAGAGCGUGCCCGCAAAAUCCAUCUGGGCAUCAUCAUUAUCCGGUUCGAGAUGCCCUAUAAUAUUUGGUGCGAUGGCUGCAAAAAUCACAUUGGCAUGGGAGUGCGCUACAAUGCAGAGAAGACCAAAGUGGGCAUGUACUACACCACCCCCAUUUACAAGUUUCGCAUGAAAUGCCAUCUGUGCGAGAAUCAUUUUGAGAUACAAACGGAUCCUGGCAAUCUCGACUAUGUGAUUCUAUCGGGCGCCCGACGGCAAGAGAAUCGCUGGGAUCCGCUGCAGAACGAGCAGGUGGUACCCGAGACCAAGGAGGUGCAGAAGCGUCUCUUCGACGAUGCUAUGUAUAAGCUAGAGCAUCAGGCCAAAGAUGCCCAGGCAGCUGCAGACGCCAAGCCUGUGCUGCAAAAGCUCGUGGAGCGCAACCAAAGUGUCUGGGAUGAUAGCUAUGUAGCUAACUAUCGCCUACGUGCAGAGUUUCGACAGCAGAAGAAAGAGAUCAAGGGUCAACAGGAACUGGACCGGCAGCUGCUCGCAAAGAGCAGUUUGGAUAUUGCCUUGUUGCCAGAGACUGCGGAAGAUCGAGAAAUGGCUGCUCUAAUGAAGCUCCAAACGAAAUCCGCCAUUGAACGCGAGUCCGAGCAGCGGCUGGAGCUGCUUAUGCGGCCAGCAUUGCCAGGAGCAACGACGACAACCUUUGGUGGUUUAAAGCGACAAAAAGCGCUCAGCACACAACUGCAGCUGCAGGAUUUGGGUAUCAAGCGAAAACCGACAUCAACGAUGACGCAACCAGCGCCGAGUGCUAAGGCAUUAGAGAAACCCACAAGUCUGGUGGGCGACUAUGCAGAUUCCAGUUGCAGUUCUGACGACAGCAACGCAGCUCCAAAUGAUUAAAUUUAUUUAUUCCGAAUAAUAAGCUCAACAAAUCACCCAAAGAUCUAUCUUUUAAUACAUUCCCAUAUUUAUAUCAUCCUCUUGCUCCUGCCGCUGUUCAAGUUGUAUCUCCUCCUUCUGCUCCUCAUCCUCUGAAUUCUCUUCCUGCUUCUGCUGUUCAUCAUCUGUCUUGUAGAGCACCUCACAAAUGCGAUUACAGAAUGCAACAUGCUGGUUAUUUUGUAUGGUCUUCGUCAACAAAAUUUCGAUUUGACGCAACUUUUCGUACGCUCGAUCCCGCGUCUCCAGCACAUCCUGUGUCUUCUGGUCAAGCUCUUCCAUGACGGCCUGAAGAUUCUCCUUAGCACACUCAUCUUUGGCCGUGUUGGCAGCGUGGUAUCCCCCUGCCUUGAUGGGCUUUGGCUGCUGGGCAACAUUGGCUGCUGAUUUCAUAUUUUCCAUUCCCGGUGCUUGGGAGUCGAAGAACUUUUUGAACCAUUGCAAGAACUCGAAGUUGUCCUGGAAACGACCCUUGAUCAGACGAUCCACAGGAAUGGUUUUGUCUAAUUUUAGGCGUGUUAAUGCACCCUGAAAGAGCU